AUGGCCAUUAUCUCAAUCACCACCUCGAGCAGAGAUCAGUCCACUGCCGCUGAAUCUCUUUCUCAGUAUCUCGAACAGCUCAAUUGUCGCCAUGCUUAUAUAGGAGGAUUUGCAUGGGCUCUACUUGGAAGCCGCAGGCCGACUGAGAUCAAUGUAUUGGUCGAAACUGUGAAUCUUGACAUCAAGACCCUUCGUGAGAAACUCACAGAGCUCAAUAGACAGUUCGCUUCCGCAGGAAUAAAGCUGUUUUAUGUCAAAGAACCAAUUGGGGAUUUGCGCGACGACGACCUAGUCAGGGCGAGCAAGGACAAUGUAUUGAUCGAGACUUUGAAAGCCGGAACCAUGGGAUUGCCCAUCGUUGCAGAGCCAGUGUACGUUGUCGAACACGAAUCGGGUCGACGCAUCAAUAUCCUACAUCCAGGCAUUCUCAUUUUGACGAAGAUGAAACGAUGGUCUCACUAUCACGACUCGGACCGACCAAAAACUGUAAUAAAGAACAAAUCAGACCAGGCUGACAUCGAAUUUAUGCUCAACUGGCUUGCCGCAAGUGAGAUGUUUAUCGACUUUGAGCAGUAUCAAGGCAAAUCGAGGAGCGACCUGUUAGGAAUUGUGCGUGUAUACAGGAACAAAUUCAUUUCAAACACGGACUUGAUGGACACGUUGAAAAUGGUGAUGAGGCCAGAAGACUGGGAUGAACUAUGCGACGAAGAGGUGGCCAUAGAAACAUCGAACAGCACUGUUCACCUAAACGAAUAG